GCCCUCACCGUUGACAGUCCCACUGCCUCGCCACUCGCCAGUCCACUACGGCGCUGCGCCGCUGCCUGUCCACCGCCUCCCACCGCAUCGCCUCCGCCUGUCCGCCUCGGCCCUCGCCAGUCGCCUCAAGCCCUCGACACCGGCCGCCGCCCACCACGUUUGCUUAUUUUCUCUAAUGGACCACAAAGAUGAGGUGAAAAAUGCAGAAAGCAUGCAGGAACUAAAAGAGAGUACAUAUAUUCAGAUAAAAGUUCUGUUCUUUGCACGUGCUAAAGACCUUACAGGCUUGGACGAUAUGCCUCUGGAAGUUUUAUCUGGCAGUACCGCCCAAGAUUGCUUAGAUAAGGUUAUUGCCAAGUUUCCAGAAUUGCAAGAGAUACGCAAAUGCAUGGUCCUCGCCUUGAACUUGGAGUAUGCCCCGGAAUCUACAAUCGUCAAAGAUAGAGAUGAGCUCGCCAUUAUCCCUCCUAUAAGUGGAGGUUAGACAUUCCAAGGCCCCCUAUAUAUUGUAAAUGUUUGUAAUGAAGGCUUUGGAAGUUACACAUUAUGGUAGCAUCAAUCAUACAGAUUGCUACUAUUAUAAUAAGUGCCAUCUGCAACAAAACUCAACCAUGCAGUUGAUAUGUAUGUUGUUUCUUGACAGUAUAAUAGAAUUUAAGUGGCAAUGCAGACUAUAGAGAUUGAUGAGAUCAGUGGAUUAUACCUGCAAUCCUGAAUACUUGUUACUUUAGCCACAUUAUUAACAUAGAAGAAGCUCAUGAACCAUAAUAAACAAACAUUCAUGUAAUUUUUGGGCAGAUAAUUGCCUAGUGCAAAAUUAUUAAAUUGAUCAUCUAUGUUAGCUCCAA